AUGAGUACCAUCGUGAGCCUCUGUGUUUUUUUGAGAACUCCACCUCUAUUUAUUAUGGACAGAAUCUUCAAUAAUAGUUUUGGGUUUCAAGAUAUUGAUGGUCUAGUAAUUACUUUAAGUAAUACCUUUGGAAAUAGCAUACACAAUCAAUUUGAGGACGGUGAUCCCGUACAGUAUAUUGUGGCGAUACUUCUUUUAUUUUAUUUAUUCAUCAAAAUAAUAGCAAUCUGUUUAAUAUUUUGUUUAUUGUUAUGUAUAUUUGUUCUACCUACCCGGCACUUGUAUAACGUGUAUAUACAUGGUGCUCCUAUCUGUGUUGUAAUUUUGUCUUGUUGGGUAAACAUGCAAACACUGAAUGUCUUAUCCAAGCAAUAUGUAAACUUCAAUAUGGACAUAAUAAACAAAGUUAUAACAUGGGAUGUAGAUGUAAUUUUAGGUAUUUUUACACAAUUAAAAAUUGUGAAUUUCUUUUGCUUGUUAUUCUGUAAUAUAAUACUACAGUUUGGUCUGUCACUAGUAUUUAACUUUUUACAAGUCUGUGCUACAAAUCAUUCAAUCCAUAAAGUUGUUUACAUUAGUUUUAUUACUCCUACUUUAAUGACAUUGAUCACAGCUACACAUUCGAAUACAGUAACCAUGUUGUUAUUAUCAUUGUUGCCAUUGUUUAUUGUGCCAAAAAUAUGUUGGAUAAAUAUACUUACAAUAGUGAAAUUAAUUUGCUACGGAUAUAAGCAUAUCCGAGAGAGCACUAUUUAUGAUUUUGUUUUUAUGGAAUGGUCACGUCUCAACAUGCCAAAUGUUUUAAAAUUAUUUUGGGCUAUACGAUUAUUGGAUCUAUUUAUAUUAUCCCUGUUAAAUAAGGAAAUAAAACAUGAAACCUUGUUUGGAACUGUGAAGUAUUUGUUAAUUAAAGGAUGCGACACAUCUACAGCAGUUUUGGGAAUGGCAAGCUUUGUUUCAUACUUUUGCCAUUACAUAAUAGUAUUCUUCCGAUGGGUGGUGACUGAAGAUGUGGAUCAGAUGAACAUUCGACAACGUUCUGCAAUAGUAUUUUUGUUACUAGCUUUACAAACCAGAUUAGCUGUAUUAGAGCCAGAUGAGCGCUUUAUACAACUCUUAAUAAAUAUUAGUAUAACUUGUGAUUUCCUAAUGAUUUAUAUCCAUGGUUCAAUGGUUGAUCCAUUAUUAAGAUCUUUGAGUGUUAAUCGUAAUAAGUCAAUUAAUAGGCAUUUAAGAGGUCUUUUAGUUAGCGGAUUACUUCUAGUGUUUUCAAUUACCGUGUUGAGAUACUUGUGGCAUUAUAAUUUUCCUAGUAAUUGGAAACUAGACAUUUUUUGUAUCAAUUUACAAAUUUCUGUCAAAGUGUUGGUAACAUUAGGCGUAUAUUCAUUAUAUAUGAUUGAUGGCUAUCACAAAACAAUUUGGGAGAAAUUGGACGAUUAUGAAUUUUAUAUAAAAUCAUUUGGUGAUGUGGCUAAUUUCUGUUUGAGCACCAUUAUUUUUCUGAAUGGAGUUAAUAACCUGUUUUUUGAAUCUGUCAAUAUAGCUAGUAUACCCUUGAUGUGUUUACAUGCAUAUUAUGGCAUAUGGCGUAGCAUUAGAGAUGGGUGGAGAGUAUUAAUUAGACGCCGUUUAGCUAUAAGAAGAGUUGAAUCAUUAGCUGAUGCAACUAAUGUUCAAUUGUCUGAAUUUGAUGAUGUUUGUUCUAUAUGUCGACAUAUUAUGGACUCCGCAAAAAUUACUAAUUGCAACCAUUAUUUUCAUCGUAUAUGUCUGCGUAAAUGGCUUAAUUUAAAGGACAAGUGCCCAUUAUGCCAUCAUAUUUUAUACCAGGCAUAA